ACGAGCGCCUGCCGCUCCUCCGACUACUAGCAACCAUGGAGAUGGAGGGGUCCUCCUUCCCCGCCUCCUCCUUCCAGCCCCCGGCCAUCGCUCGCGCCAGCGCCCGGUACGCCCCCUGGGCUCUCCUCGACAGCAAGGCCUACUUCGCGGCCCUCGAGAACGACACCACCGGCGAGGCCACCACCAGCACCGGCCACGCCGUCAGGGUCACCUUCUGCCUGGCCCCGCCGGCCAUCUCCCACUUCUGCGUCCACGGCCCCGGGCUCGACCGCGAGGACUUCACGAUGGAGCCCCAGGUCCACUCCUCGACCAAGGGCCUCGUCCUCCUCCGCUUCGCCUUCACCAUCGGCCCCCGGGCCACCCACCGGCACUCCCGCCUCGCCGAGUACUACGUCUACAAGGCCGGCCGCGGCAAGCCGCCGUCGCUCACGCCCAUCCCGCGCACUCCUCCGGGCACCGUAAACUCGUCCUACAUCUGCGUCCUGCCGCUUGACGACGACGACUCCGGGGAGUUCCUCCUCGCCGAGCUCGGCAUGACCAGGUCCAGCUCCGACUACGAGCUCUACGUCUUCUCCUCCAAGACCGGCGAGUGGACCAUCAGGCAGUUGCGGCUGCAGACACCUCCCGGGGUCAGGGACGAGGACCUGCCCGGCCCUCACAUGGACAAGGUGAUCGCGCUCGGGGGAGGCGCCGUGGGCUGGGUGGACCUCUGGCGCGGCAUCGUCACCUGCAACGUGAUCGACGAGAACCCCGCUCUGACUCUCAUCCCCAUACCCGCGUGGGACGGUAAGCUGCGGCGGCUGGCCCGGGACAUCACCUGCUGCAGCAAUGGUUUCAUCAAGCUUGUCGACCUGGACCUCCGUUUCAAAAAGACCAUUGUUGAUCCUAACCACAAGACUCGCAAGGUGACCGAGGAUCUCGACAGCGUAGACAUCAUCUACGAUUCAGACCUGCUCCUCUACGACGACGAUGCAUGCGCCGAACACACUUUUGUGAGUGAUGGCUGGAAGAUCCGGACGUGCUACAGGCAUACUUCCUGGGACUACUGGCGCAAGGGGCACGCCGUCGACAUCGAUGAAAUCUCGGUCGACAACCCCGAUCACUUUACGUUGCUCCCACAGCUGUGGGACGCUGAAGCUGGGAGACCGACACUGAGGAACUUGCUUUCCGCUUUCCCUACCCUCGGCAUUGGCAUUGGCGGCGACGACGAUGUUGUUUACCUGAUGUCUAAGGUGACAUAUGAUGAUAAGAACGCGUGGAUGGUCGGUGUUAAUCUUGGAAAGAAGACACUGGAUGUGGUUGUGUCAGUUUCUUCCGAGAGAGUCGGUUAUUACGAACCGGACUUCCUCGCUUGUGGAUUCUCCGAAUAUCUGAAUGCGACGCCAAGCAGAUGCGCCGAUGAAGUUGCCAGCGCACCGAAUCAGGCUCAGGAUUAUCAUCUUUCAUCAGACAAUGUGCCACUGCAGCAAAACAUGUGGAACAACAAUGGGCACUACUACAAUGGGUGUUUCGAUGGUUAUGGCACACAGCCAAGCAACUGCUAUGUCAACUACCAGCAUCCACCUGCAUGCUCGGCAAACUUGCCACAACCUCUGCAUCUCAAUUUUGCCUCGUACGGGCUAGGGUGCGCCUAUCAGGUGAACGCCCAGUCCAUAUGCUACCCGGUAUUGUAUACUGAUGCCGGUGGCCGACUAUGGUGGGUCGCUCUGCCGCUGGGGUCGGCGCCGCCACCCUCGAUUUCCCUAGUGCAAUGGCAGUUCCCACCCAACCCGGGCCAACACCUCGCUCGUAUCUGCCCUAGCUCUGCUUCUAACAAGUCUUCACCGGCUUGUACUGUGAAAGGUGAACGAAAAAUACCUGGGUAG